ACACACAAUGCAACUGCUCAGCCAAACGUCAUCGUUGAGCGUGCUGCUGGUGCUGCUGUUGUUGCUAUGCCAUGAAAACAAAUUCCACCGCUGGAAGGUGAACGCGGCAAUCAGCGCCUUUCAGCCGACCAUCUUCGACAAUGCCCAGUGGCGCGUCAUCUUUCACCUCUACCGCAACGUCACGAUGAUGAUGGCCGGCCGGACCGGCUACAAGACGAGUGGCAAAUUUUUGCAGAAGAAAAUCCCGGACACCGUACCGUUCCCGUGCGACGUUGCGGUCGGCCGUAGUUCGGAACCACCGACCAGCGUUCACAAGCUGCGUCCCGGUGACAUAAACGUGGUGGCGGCGAUUGGCGAUUCCGUCAUCACAGCGAGCGGUGCAUCGGCCACCAGCUUCCUGCAGCUCUACACCGAAAACCGUGGCCUCUCGUGGUGCAUCGGUGGCCAGUGGGGCUGGCGAAAUGCUACCACCCUACCGAACAUACUUAAAAUGUUCAAUCCGAAGCUCAUUGGAUAUUCCUACCGGGAUUCGUACAGCUUCCACUGGGACUCGCAGUUUAACAAUGCAGAGAUAGGUGCCGUCUCGAAAGAGCUACCGCACAUGGCCGCCCAGAUGGUGACGCGCAUCCGCACCGAUGGGCGUGUUAAUUUUAAGAAGGACUGGAAGUUACUAACGAUCACGAUCGGAGGUAACGAUAUCUGUGCGUACGUGUGCACACUGAAAGAUCCCGAAUCGUUGCCGAUGCAGCAUCGACGAUCGCUGCUGAAGAUGCUGCGGUAUCUGCGUGAUAAUUUGCCCCGGACGCUGGUCAACAUUGUGUCCGUGCCGGACGUGUCGACGGUGGUGUCGAUCAAGAAGAAACCGAUGAUGUGUUGGAUCCUGCACCAUGCCGAGUGUCCGUGUUGGGUUGGUCCACUGCACAACUCUACCAAAGAAUCCAGAGCUAGAUGGGCUCGAAUACAAAUGCAGUACCGGAAGGUGGAGGAGGAAGUCGCCAUGCUGGACGAAUUUCGUGGACUCGACGAGUUUGCCGUCGUACAUCAACCGUGGACGAGGAACCUUUCGCUCAUGAAAGGAAAUGAGGUCGACUACUCACUUCUUUCGUACGACUGCUUUCAUAUGAGUCAGAAAGGCCAUGCACAAGCGGCAGUUGCCUAUUGGAACAACCUACUGGAACCGCCGGGCAAGAAGAGUACGGGCUGGAAGCCAGGCAUCGACGUUUUUCGUUGCCCUUCGAAGGAAUCUCCCUACAUCUACACCUACGACAACAGUUAGGCGGUAG